AUGUUUUAUCAUUUGUAGGUACAUAAUGGAUCUAUAUUUAAUGAAAUAAUGAAAACGCCGUGGAGCAUAAAGAAUCAGGCAGAAUGUGUAAGCAGCCUUGGAAGUUCGGCAUUUUCAACAGAUGGUGGUUUAUAUUGCAAUGCAACCUGGGAUACAAUACUGUGUUGGCCUGCUGCGCGAGCUGGCUCCACAAUCAGACUACCUUGUCCGCCUCUUCCAGGGUUAGAUCCUGAGAAGUUUGGGUACAGAACAUGUGGACCAGAGGGAUUAUGGGAGGGAAAAUUCCCCGGGGACUACAGUUUACCAAGGGGCUAUACAAAUUAUACGGAUUGUUAUACACCGGAAACGUUGGACCUAUACAAGCGCUUCUUCUCCUCUAAAACAGCAGCUCAAAAACAGAUGAUGAAGGACGUGAUAAAUGGAAUAAGGACGAUGGAUGUUGUCGGCCUUUGGUUGUCUCUCAUAUCAUCUUUACUGUCCCUCUUCAUCUUCAGUUAUUUUAGAAGUCUCCGCUGCCAUCGAACACGCAUACAUCGAAAUUUAUUUCUUGCCAUCAUCGUUCAAGUUUUCAUCCGUCUUAUUGUUUAUGUUGAUCAGUUUGUUGCUCGAAUACAAGGUGGGGAAAUUGCUGGUACCUCAACUGGAAUGAGUGGUGCUAUAUAUGACACACCUGUUCUAUGUGAAGUGUUGCACGCAUUAUUAGAAUAUACAAAGACAGUGCAGUUUAUGUGGAUGUUGAUUGAGGGCAUGUACUUGCACAACCAAAUUGCAGUUUCUGUCUUCUCAAAGAAACCUAACUAUCAGAUAUUUUAUGCAAUGGGAUGGGGUGCUCCUAUACCGGUGACAGUUGCAUGGUGUAUUGUCAUGGCGUGUUAUCUAAAAUCAAAAUGUUGGUAUCCAUAUUAUUUCUCGCCCUAUAUUUGGAUCAUUGAAGCUCCCCGUGUCGGUGUUAUUGUUGUAAAUUUGUUAUUUCUGUUAAACAUCAUACGUGUGCUUGUGCUAAAACUACAAGAUAGUCGUCAUGCGAACGAGGCUCAAUAUGUUAAAGUCAGGAAAGCGAUCAAGGCAGCGUUAUUUCUGUUACCAUUGUUGGGUAUCACAAACUUUGUUGUGAUGAUUGAGAGUCCUACAGAAGCUAUUGCGUUCGCCAUUUGGUCAUAUAUCUCACAUUUCCUAGUGUCUUUUCAAGGCUUCCUUAUCUCUUUAUUGUACUGCUUUCUAAAUGGCGAGGUACAACAUACCUUGAAAAAGCGAUGGGAUCGUUGUCGCCAGCGACGUAUGGUCCAUAAUUCCAGUUUUCGGCGAUUGAGCCGGUCCUUUUCUGUGUUUACGUCUGUUACAGAGGUACCUCAUACCACGAAUCAGGUACGAGGACAAGCAUCAACGUCAACACAGUAUAACGGAAAUGCUGUUCCAUUAUUAAGAAGUAUUAUAUCGCGACAAGGACAAGAAUCAGGUGUUUAAAGUUGAUAACAAGUUUAAAAUCGCGCCAAGGACAAUAAUCGUUUAAAGUUGAAAACAAGUUUAAAAUCGCACCAAGGACAUGAAUCAUGCGUUUAAAGCGUUUUAAAAGUUUAUAACAACUUUAAAAUCGCAACAAGGACAAGAAUCAGGCGUUUAAAGCGUUUUUAAAGUUGAAAACAAGUUUAAAAUCGCGCCAAGGACAAGAAUCAUGCGUUUAAAGCGUUUUUAAAGUUGAAUACAAAUUUAAAAUCGCGACAAGGACAAGAAUCAGGCGUUUAAAAUCGAUAACAAGACUAGUUUAAAAUCACGCCAAGGACAAGAAUCCAGUGUUUUAUGUUGAUAAUAGUUUAAAAUCGCGCCAAGGAUAAGCAUCAGGCGUUUAAAGUUGAUAAGAUUCAAAAUUGCGACAUGGACAAGAAUCAGGCGUAUGAAAUUGGUAACAAGUUUAAAACCGCGCCAGGGACAAGAAUCAGGCCUACAACGUUUAAAACAUACGUGUGAAGAAGAAGAAACAGGCGUGUAACGUUUGAAAAAUGAAAUAAAAAUGGGAGAUUCUUCAGCAUUAAUAUGACAACCUGCAUUAUGAUUUUUAUUACGUCAUGAAAACUGCAAAGUAAAAAGCAUGGUAAUACGUUUUUGAGUUCUGCUAUAAUCAAUACAACGUAAAUAUAAAACAAAAGAGUUUUUGCUUUGUAAGAAUCGCACAAUUUUUCACCAUUCAAAAUCAUUUAGUCUUACGAAUUACAAAUAGAUUAUAUGAAUACUAACUUCCUUUAGCGUAGUUAUUCCAAAGGGAAUGUUCAACGGGUGUAAGGUGGUAAUUUCACAAAGGUUUUCUAGUGUUUUGUUGUCAGCUCGCUUUUAUUACAGCUACCGUUAUUUAUUCGUCCAUCUUGUGUUCAUGACUUGCUUUCCAAAGACAAUAUCUUUUUUUUAUAUAAAUUAUCUAUGACGGGUUAAUUCCGUAUGUUUGUAAUGUGAAACAUUUUGCCCUCACUGUCGUUGCAUCAGUAAAUAAGUGCAUGGGUUAAACUUUUGCACUUGUCAUUUUAAAUUAUUUUCACUGAAACGGGAAUUUAAAGUGCAGUUAUUUUGCGCAAAACAUGAGUUGUAUGCGUUUCGAAUGACCAAUCCUGAUUUUUAAAAUUGAAAACCACAUACUAUUACUUAGUCUACAAUUACAUGUGUAAAAUGAAAUACACAUUUUACAUAUUUAUGCAACUAUGUCCAUUUUCAACAAACUAUACAAAACAGGUACAUAGAAGUCAGGUAAAAAAACGGACAAUACAUUGUUGGCUGAAAUGUUUCGAAGUAAUUUCGUUGUACUUGAAAAAAUGCAUGGUCAAAAAUAUCUCAAUAUGUGUUGUUUUCCGUUGAAGCGUUGAAAAUUUUUUGCUGAGUCUAAAAUCAAAUAAAACUGCAUAUGUUAGAACCGUCUGUCAUCAAUGAGCUCAUCUGUCAUCAAUGAGCUCGGUACGUAUCAAGCACAGUUUAAGAUUUAGUGUAGUGAAGUUUUAAUACUUUUGUUCUAUUUCAUCUCAUCACAUUAAAUUCCGUUACUUUUAUUGUAUGUAACGUAUGCUUAAUAGCGUUUUGUUCUGGCGCUUCAUUUAUUUGUUUAUUUCUAAUUGUUUACUUCAUAUUUAGGACUAUUUUAUCAAGAGUUGCAUAUCUUAAAAAGAAUCAUAGCGUAGUAUUUUAGUAUACAGGUGAUGAAAAUAUCUCUGUGAAUAUUCAUUGCAAAAUAUCAAUAUUAACAGUUACAAACUACAGGCACCAUCAAAAUAUAUAGACAUUUCUUGCAUUCGUAUGCAUCCAGAGGUUAUAUAGUCCAAUAGAAAUUCCAAAACCGAACUAUAUCUGUCAAACUACUCGGGUUUUCAGUAAUUUUCAUUUGGUAAAUGCAAUACUUUUCCAUUAGCUCUAAAGAUCUAAAAUACGUAGACUAAAAUGUUUCUAACAAUUUAAUAAGUAAUUUCAGCGGAUUCUAUUUUUGUUUGAAAAAUUGUUAGCCAUUUGGAUUUAACGGAACAUCAACUGAAAUUUAUAUAAAAAAAGGUAGGAAAUUUGAUUAGUAUUUGAAAAUUUUCUUGGAAUAUUUCGAUUACCAAUUACAAUUACACGUGUUUUUUGUUUUUUUUUUUCAUUUGAUAGCUACUUCUGUAUGUUUCGGUGGAAACCCGAAUCAUAAUCCCGGUUAUUUUGAGACUAUAUGUUUUUGUUGUAUUUUUUCACUAGAUAAGCGAUAACUCGUACAAGAACAAUGACUUGAAUUUUAAAAUAAUAAGAGCGCAAUCUCAACAAAAACCACAAUCAUGACCAAUCAGAAAUUUUGUUAUGCGUAUGUACCCAAAAUAUCAAUAUAUAAUAGUACGACUAAGUUUUAUUAUGUAGCCAAAUUCUGAAAUAGGGCACUGGUUUUUAUAUGAACAGAAGAACCGUUUCCUUUCUUUCACUGUCAGUUAGUAUUUCAAAGUUGAUCAUGGUAUUUUAUGAGCAUUCAAAGAUUAAAACCUAUUGCGUUGCUUAAUGAAAUAUAAAAUAUCGAGUACAACUUUGUAGUCUUAUCAAACGCGGUUUUUAGUAUUUCUUUAGAUAUGUUCAUGAUUAAUUUUUGCAUUCAGUAUGGUCAGGUAGGCUAGGUAAUGAUCAGAUACUGAUGUAAGAUGAAACGUUAUAUUUGUAUUAGACGAAAUGUAAGACAAAAAGGAUAACAUUGUUACAAAUAUGUUAUUGUAAGUACCGUAGGUUUUGAUUGAUCUGUACAACUAUUUCAUUUCUUUUACGUUUUUAGUUUUCUGUCAAUUUUAUAUUUUCCUUAAUUCUUGAGAUCAAUAAUAAAACUCAU